UCAGUGUGUGCUAUCCAAGACGUUUUGUUGUGCCCAGAGAAGAUCACAAAGGAGUGAAUCCGGUCACGCGGCGGAGGUUUUCAAAAAAUUGUUCCAACAUGCCGAUGGCGAGUCCAGCGGUCUCGUCCCUGGAUUUUGAGGUUCAGCCUUUGGAGGAAUAUCUGGACGAUUCGGACGAGCCGGACCGUGGCGUAGACGUGACUAACUUCCGGGGAAAUUUCACGGGGCCGCGGAAUUUCACCCCUGUCCAAUCUCCCACUCGACCGGAGAAAGCACCUUUACCGCCGUCAUGCAUAUCGCUGGACUUUCAGAGGGUAUCCAUAACCGGAGAGGACACAUCCGGAGUGCCUUACGACGAUCUUCUGACAGCUUCAACGAUGCUGAUCAGCGCUUUGAAACUUCGGCAAAAGUAUUGCAAAGCUUCGCUGCAGCCGUUCCCCGAGGUCACGGCACACUUCGUGGCUGGGGGCGUCACCGAGCCGCGCCACAACACCCCGCCUUACAAGGCCGAACCAGAAUACAUCCACACGGAACCGCAGAAAGUUGACAAUCCAUGGAAUUCUCCCGUUGAGUCUCGGGACUCUAAGAGCAAGUUCCGUAUGCAGGACGGUGUGGUCGAAGUGCUCUCAGAGUCGGGCGUCAAGGAGCCUUGCAACGUGGUGGUCCCCCUGCAAGAAUUCAUAACCGACAUGAAUCUGAUGUGCGCCAUGAUUUCGGACGGGCCUCUGAAAUCGUUCUGCUUCCGUCGGCUGACGUAUCUGACCAACAAGUACUCGAUGCACGUAUCCCUCAACGAGAUGAAGGAACUCGCAGCGCAAAAAAGCGUUCCGCAUCGAGAUUUCUACAACAUACACAAAGUGGAUACUCACGUCCAUGCGGCUUCGUGCAUGAACCAGAAGCAUCUACUGCGUUUCAUCAAGAAGCGAAUUAGAGUUGCUGCCGACGAUAUUGUUUGCAAAGAUCGCCAGCAGGGCGAAUUGACCUUGAGACAGGUUUUUGAAAAGAUGAACCUGACCGCAUAUGAUUUGAGCGUGGACACCUUAGACAUGCACGCGGACCGGAACACUUUCCACCGUUUCGAUAAGUUCAACGACAAGUAUAAUCCGGUCGGCGAGUCUCGACUCCGAGAAAUAUUUUUGAAGACCGACAAUUUCACGGGAGGGAGAUACUUUGCCGAUAUCAUCAAAGAGGUCAUGUCAGAUCUCGAGGAUAGCAAGUAUCAGAACGCAGAACUCCGUCUUUCGAUUUACGGCAAAUCCCGUUCGGAGUGGGAUACGCUUGCCAAAUGGGCUCUGAACAAUAAUGUUUACUCUGACCACGUUCGCUGGAUCAUCCAGGUCCCGCGACUGUAUGAUAUCUUCAAGGCGAACAAACUAGUUGAUAACUUCGAGCAGAUCCUAGCAAAUAUCUUUAUGCCCUUGUUCGAGGUGACGGCGAAUCCGGAGAGCCAUCCAGAACUCCACAGGUUUUUGCAAUACGUGAUCGGCUUCGAUUCGGUGGAUGACGAAUCGAAACCCGAGUAUCCGAUGAUCGAUAAAGACGUGCCCCUGCCCCCAAAAUGGUGCCACGAAGAGAAUCCCGCGUAUAUCUACUACCUGUACUAUAUGCACGCCAAUCUGUGCGUAUUGAAUCGCUUCCGUCAGCAGCAGAAUCUGUCCCUGAUGGUUCUGCGCCCCCAUUGUGGUGAGGCCGGACCAAUUCAACAUCUCGUGGGCGGUUUUCUGCUGUCCGAAAGCAUCAAUCACGGCCUUCUCCUGAGAAAGGUUCCGGUGCUUCAGUAUCUGUACUAUCUGAGUCAGAUCGGGAUCGCGAUGUCUCCUUUGUCGAAUAACUCUCUUUUCCUCAAUUACCACCGGAACCCCUUAAUCGAGUAUCUGAAUCGAGGCCUCUGUGUCUCUCUGUCGACCGAUGACCCCCUCCAGUUCCACUUCACACGCGAGCCUCUCAUGGAAGAGUACAGUAUUGCUGCGCAGGUCUGGAAGUUGAGCAACGCGGAUAUGUGCGAGCUGGCCCGGAAUAGCGUGCUCAUGAGUGGUUUCCCGGUCGCCUUCAAAAGGCACUGGCUGGGAGCCGGCUUUGAGCGCGAGGGGGUCGAGGGUAACGAUGUCAGGAAGUCAAACGUGCCCGACAUUCGCGUUGCCUACAGGUUCGAAACCCUGAUUGGAGAGUUGGACAUGAUCUCGGCCGUGAUGAGGAGAUUGAAAUGAACGAUCCUGGAAGCUACUCGAAAAAGAUUAUGUCAUGGCUCAUCUCGAGUAUAGUAGGAGGCUGACAUUGUUGGGAUUCUUGACCUUGGGUGUGCUUUGUGACAGUGGGCAAACCGAUGCUAGAUGGGUCUACGGUACUCGCAGCCCUCUCUACACUAAUCGACUGCACCGUCAUCGGAGGACUAAAAAUAAACGCUCUGGAAUCGAACCCAGAU